AUGGCGAUGCUUGUUUGGUUGAUGUGUGUUACAUGGACAUUUUAUUCAUAUUCUAUUUAUGGGCCUGUCGGUCGUUUUCAAGAUCACAUAAAAUCUGUUCAGAAAAUGAGAGAUGUUCGAAUUGGGCUCGUUGGUAUGCUCAUUUCAGUCUGGGUGAUUAUCGCGUCGAUUCUCACAAAAGAUAGUGUACAUUAUUGGAACAUAGAUUUAGCGAAAAUGUCACAUUACAAGAUUGUAAAAUUCGUUACCGUCAUUGGUAUCAUUCAUGUGGUAUUCGCAGUAUGUUUUAUUGAAUGGAAUAUUGAAUACUUGCUCAUCCUCGUCCUCACCACAACGUCCUUCUUUUUCUCUGUCGACCUUUAUACUGCAAUGAGUGCAAAAUCAUACAUGUUCCGAGAACAUUAUCAUUAUGAUUGUGAGAGCCAACAGAUACUGUACCAUCAAGAAAUUGUCGUCACAUCUGAUGGAAAACAAUCCAAAACUAUUCAAUGGUCUUUGUUGUGA